CAUAAAAAUGAUCUUCAUUGCUACUUCAUAACUGUAAUUUUGCUACUGUUAGAAAUUGUAAUAUGAUUUGUGACCUGCAGGUUGAGAAUCACUGCCUUAGAGGAUCACAAAGACAUGAAGGGUGGUCCCCUAGUGUCCCCGGGGUGACUUGCUAUUUCUUUCCACCCAUUACCCUGCUAUAGUGGGAGAGAUUAUAGUAUUAGCCCCACCAGACACCUUUCCAAGCCAAACCCUACCUCCUGGGGCUGAAACAGUCAUUCAAUACAACUCUCUUGGAGCCAGAUGAGACACACAUUUAUAAAAGAAAUGGUCAACACAUUCCCCCCUGGGAUCCAGAAGAUAACUUUAUCAGCAGUAUCACAACAUGUCAAAACAUUAAGUUUAUUUAUUUAUUUGUUUAUUUUUGGAACUGUCUUCAGAGUCCUUCCACAUAACAGGCCAACACAAAGUCUUCUCCUGCCUAGACUCUGGUUUAGCAAGACCACACAAGUCCUCUUCCAAAGGAAUCCAAGGCUCUAGAAGCUAGGAGGUCUACCACAGUCCUCUGCCAUUUUCUCCCCUCCAAGGAAAAGCAGAUCUUUGUCAGCCCACAGACACUGAAUGGAUCUCUAAGUUCCUGAGUCAUCGGGGUGGCUGGAGGCCAGGUGAACCUGCCAGGUUCCCAAGCUUCCUGGGAGACGCCCAGUGUGCGUGAGCUCACAAUAGACUAGAGGUUGCUCUGCUGGUGACUCCGUUGGAGGCUGUCAUGUGUCCUGCCCACAAGGAAAUGUGCUUCCUUCAGCUGAGUCUGAGAAUUCACAGGGCACUCUUCCCAUGAGCAGAGCAGCCAGGGCUGGUGGUUUCUGUAUGACCCACGGGGAGCAAAGAGCAUCAGUGUGGCCGGACCCAGCACAAUGCAAAACUCAGAUGAGGUCUUCCCAGUCAGGUGCAGAUGAAUUCUGGUGGAUAAGCACACAUUUUGUCCCAGUCUCAGCUUGUUGGGAAGCAGUCAACUAUGAGGCUUCAUUAUCUGCUAUUUGUAUUCCUCAUCUUGUUCUUGGUGCCUGCUCCAGGGGACGCAUUCCUACCAAAAACCCUCCGAAAAUUUUUCUGCAGAAUAAGAGGUGGCCGGUGUGCUGUACUUAACUGCCUUGGAAAGGAAGAACAAAUAGGUCGAUGUUCUAAUAGCGGUCGAAAAUGCUGCCGAAAGAAGAAGUAGAAGACCCUGACUCAAACUUAGAAUAUGCAGGGUGAGGGUGGGGGAGGUCCUUCUGGGAAUGUAUAAAAGGAAAAUCAAGUUAUUAUAUAUAUAUAUU